CACUUUACAUCCCUCACAUCACCUCACACCACUUUACAUCACUUCACUUUAAACUCAACUCAUCACUUACAUCACCUCACAUUACUUUACAUCACUUUAGAUUAAUUUACAUCACUUUACAUCCCCUCAUCACCUCACAUCACUUUACAUCGCCUCACCUUACUUUACAUCAAUUCACACCACUUUACAUCACCUUACAUCACUUUAUAUCCCAUCCUUACUUUACAUCACCUAAUUACUUUACAUCACUUCACACCACUUUACACCACCUCACAUUACUUUACAUCACUUUACAUUACUGUAAAUUGCUUUAUAUCACACUUUACAUUACCUCACAUUACUUUACAUCACUUUUCAUCACCUCAUUACUUUACGUAACUUACAUAACUUUACAUCGCCGUACAUCACUUUACAUUACUUUAUAUUACUUUACAUCACCUAAAUCAUAUGAGAGUCGCAGCAUCGCCAAGCCUCCACUACUGGAAAACCAUAAUCCACAGAUGAUUUGUACCUGACAGGAAUCACCAUAUAUUUUAUAUAUAGGAUACUUUUCCAGACUUGUGAUAAAUGCCUGAUGAUGAACUGACAGAUUGUUAUGGGGAAUGAAUUUCCACGUGCGCAACUAAUCCCGUCUGAGUAGCGCGAGUUUACCUGCAGUAGGUAAGCACCAGGGGGAGCGUGUGAGCCUUGUGUGUGUGUGUGUGUGUGUGUGUGUGUGUGUGUGUGUGUGUGUGUGUGUGUGUGUGUGUGUUCAUCUUUGGCGCGCGUGUGCGCUCCUCAGCAGCUGCUGUCUUAGCGAAGAAAAUAGACGUACGCAGAAACACACACACAUAUACACACACACACACGCACACACACACGCGUGCGCACGGUGCAGGAGUGUGCGACACAAUGGCGAGGAAUUCCGACUCUCGUUCUCGGUCUGAUCUUUAACACCGAACGUGAUUUGCACGUGAAGGACAAACAGAAAAUGGACGAAAUGACGUGAGCUCGUGGUGAAAGUCGAGAGUGUAGGAACCGAGAGAAACUUCGGGGCAGUGUAAAGCGAGGGGGCAGUUGGGGCAGGAGGCAUGAGCAGAAACGGAGCUCCAGGAGCGCAUGAUGCGGCGCCGAAGAUCAGCAGCAGCACCUCCACCAUCACCGAGACUCCUCUUCCUCCACUGCGUCCUCAUCCUCAUCCUCACCGGGACACCGAGAUCACAGGGGACCCGAGCGCGCAGGACGCACCGACCUCAUCUCCACCCUCACCCUCAUCCUCCUCCUCCGCCGGGCGCGUGGCGCGGACCUGGGUGCGCUUCGCUCGAGCCUUCGUGCUCAUCUUCCCCGUGUACGCGCUCGGAUACUUCGAGUUCAGCGUCAGCUGGUUACUGAUCGGACUCGCCAUCUUCUUCUUCUGGAGGAGGAACACGGGCUCUAAGAUCUUCAGACUGAGCCGAGCGCUGGAAUUCCUCCAGCAGCAGGAGAAGCGCCGCGUAUCCAUGGGCAUGGGUUUGGACGAAGAGGAGGAGGAGAAGUGGAGCAGAGACGAGCGCACCCUGGACGCCACCGAGCUUCCUUCAUGGGUUCACUUUCCAGACGUGAGAGUUGAGUGGGUAAACAAGACGGUGAAUCAGAUUUGGCCAUACGCUUGUCGCUUCCUGGAGAAACUCUUCCGGGAGCAAAUUGAGCCGGCAGUGAAGGCAGCAAACACACACCUCAGCACCUUCUCUUUCACCAGGAUAGAGCUGGGGACAAGAACUUUCACACAGCCUCUCAGAGUCAAUGGGGUCAAAGUUUACACUGAGAACGUGGACACGCAUCAGAUCAUCAUGGACCUCCAGAUCAGUUUCGUGGCGAACACAGAGAUUGAGAUGGACAUCAAGCGUUAUUACUGCAAAGCCGGGAUUAAGAGCAUACAGCUCCACGGUGUGUUGAGGGUGGUGUUGGAGCCCCUGAUGGGAAGAAUGCCGCUGGUCGGUGCCUUCUCUCUUUUCUUCCUCAAGAAGCCGCUCCUGGACGUGGGCUGGGCCGGACUCACCAACAUCCUGGACAUUCCUGGCCUAAACGGAUUCUCGGACAGCCUGAUUCAGGAUGUCAUCUCCAGCUACCUGGUGCUGCCAAACAGAAUCACUGUGCCACUAGUGGGUGAUGUAGAGCUGGAGCAGCUGCGAUUUCCCAUGCCUAAGGGUGUAUUAAGGAUCCACUUCCUGGAAGCACAAGAUCUUGAGGGAAAAGACAAGUUGUUCGGUGGUCUGAUCAAGGGCAAAUCAGAUCCAUAUGGAGUCAUCCAAGUUGCUAAUCAGAUUUUUCAGAGCAAAACCAUUAAAGAAUGUUUAAACCCCAAGUGGAAUGAAGUGUUUGAGGCGACAGUGUAUGAACAUUCUGGACAGCAUCUAGAGAUUGAGAUUUUUGAUGAAGACCCAGACAAAGACGACUUCCUGGGCAGUCUAAUGAUAGAUUUAUCCAAGCUUCAGAGGGAGCAGAAAGUUGAACAGUGGUUUAACCUAGAGGAAGCCUCCAGUGGAAAACUGCACCUAAGACUUGAGUGGCUUUCCCUGCAGUCAGGUGUUAAAAUGUUACAGCAGGCAUUGUGGAGUAUCAGGACCAAUGACAGCUUGUCUUCUGCGCUGUUAAUGGUUUACCUUGAUUCGGCACGGAACCUUCCGAGCGUAUUCGAGGGCAGCUUGGGCUGUGGGAACGAGCGAGGCAGGAGAGGGUCUGGGCUGGUGUUUUGCGAGGACUCAUCUUUGCUCUGUAGAUCGAUACUCAGCGAGCAGCUUGAGUUCCCUCCUGAUGCUCCCAAACACCAGUACAGAGGCCUGCUGAAGUCAGGAAGGAAGGUGAACAGCGACCCGAGCCCUUACGUUCAGCUAACGGUCGGACCGAAGACGUACGAGAGCAAGGUUCGCUAUAAGACGUGUGAGCCGCUAUGGGAGGAGGCGUUUACCUUCCUGGUUCAUAACCCACAUACUCAGGAACUACAGGUGGAGGUAAAGGAUGAUAAGCACAAGUGCUUGCUGGGUAGGGUUCGAGUGGCAUUAGGACGUCUUUUGAAGGAUGAGGACAUGACCCUAGUGCAGCAGUUCUCCCUGAACAACUCUGGCCCAAACAGCACACUCAAACUCAAGCUGGUGCUCAAGAUUCUUUGCCUUGAAAAAGAGACCACAUCUGGUCAACCGUACUUAGUCCAAGUUCGACACACCACCCCAAGCGCUGCAACAUCACAAAUAAACAACCCCACCACCACUACUACCACUACACACUCCAUCCAGUCAACACAGUCCACUUCCACAACACACUCCACCCCAACCAUCCACACAACCCCCUGCAAGACUGUACCCACUGGGGUGACUUUGCGGGGUAAAAGAGGCUCGGAGGGCUCACCAGUAAGCCUGGUUCAGACCGGAAUGCAAAUAGACUCCACAAGAAGAGACUCAACACAAAGGGACUCAACACGUAGAAACUCGACGCCGAGAGAAUCGACACACAGAGACUCAAGCCAAAGUCUGGCAUCAGACGUUUCACUACCCACAGCCGCUCUGGAACUACAACACAGACUGGCACAGCUGCAAAAUGGCUCCAUGCAGUAUCCUUUGGGGGAAGUGCAGCUCACUAUCAGACACAGUUCCCAAAGAAACAAACUUAUCGUUGUGAUACAUGCCUGCCGUAACCUGAUCUCACUGGGGAAAGACGGCUCGGACCCGUACAUCCGUCUCUACCUGCUUCCGGAUAUGAGCCGGAGCGGCCGACGGAAAACCAGCACCAUGAGGAAGAACCUCAACCCCGUUUACGACCAGUCGUUUGAGUUUAUUGUGUCAGCGGUGGAGCUGCACAGAAGGACACUAGAUGUAGCUGUUAAGAACGCAGGGGGACUGCUGUCCAAAAAUAAAGGUCUGCUGGGCAAGGUGCUUGUGGAUUUGAUGAGUGAAGAGAUUUCUAAAGGGUGGACACGAUGGUAUGAUCUGAGUGCAGAUGGAUCGUAGCUGAUUGAUGGUGUGAUAACGGAAUAAUACAAAAAAAGGAUGAAACUGUGAACGUCAGUGAAACCAGGCUAAUGAAAUCAGGCUGCUUCUGCUGGGACUACACACACACACACACACACACACACACACAC